AUUAUUCAUACCGAGUCCACCUCCGCGUUCAGCACCCCGCGACUUCUCCUUCCCCAAACGAACGGUUCUUCCUUUUUAUUCUUUUUUAAUCCACAGAUUUCUUACAUUAACAAUGUGUAAACAGUUUUCAAUUCUCCUAUAUAAAGUCAUCAACUUUCAUGAUUUUGGAGGACAACGCAGCACCAUUCCAACCUGACUUCCUUACUCCAGCGAGUUACCCCUAAAAAACUGCCCUUUUGGGAUUUUGAACAAACCCUAGAAAGGUCAGAAGAGUUGGGCGUGAUGGACACCGGAGUCAUUCCCUUGUGGCAGCCUCUUUGUCUAUCCGGCCUUCUUGGAUUUGUUGUGGCAGCUUCGCUUUUCGGCUUAACGAGGAGACUUCGAUCGAUUGUGCAGCCAUGGGUUGUUCUUCGUGUUCAAUCCGAACUUCCGCUUAUUCUGCAGAUCCAGAGAUGGCAGCAUAGAUACCUGGAUAAUUUCUUCUCCCUUCUCUCUUGUAUUGUUUCCGUCCCAUUCUAUACAGGAUUCAUCCCUAUUCUCUUCUGGAGUGGGCAUAGCAAAUUGGGGAGACAGGUGACUUUUCUCAUGGCUUUCUGUGAUUAUAUUGGGAAUGCUCUUAAGGAUGCAGUAUCUGCUCCAAGGCCAAGCUCUCCUCCUGUGAGAAGAGUUACUGCUACAGAGGAUGAGAAAGAGAAUGCCAUGGAGUAUGGAUUGCCUUCCUCGCAUGCUCUCAACACAGUCUGCCUUUCUGGAUACUUGUUGCACUAUGCGCUGACAACCUAUGGUAAUGAAAUGAAUGGUUUCAGAGUUUGGAUUGGUUUCUUCUUAGUUGUCUUGCUGGUCUCUCUGAUUGCCAUAGGGAGGAUAUAUUUGGGCAUGCACAGCUUCAUUGAUGUUGCCGCUGGCAUCGCCAUGGGGGUCAUUAUUCUUGCUUUCUGGCUGGUUGUUGAUGAUCAUAUUGAUAAUUUUGUCACCUCUGGACCGAAUGUUACAUCAUUCUGCGCCGGCCUCUCCUUAGUUCUACUCUUCGCUUAUCCUACCCCGGAGGCCCCAACUCCAAGCUUCGAAUAUCACACGGCUUUUAAUGGCGUUGCUUUCGGCUUAGUCAGCGGUGUCCAGCAAACCUAUCAUCUCUUCCAUUCCGAAGACAUUCCUCGAAUAUUCAGCUCCGAGUUAUCGAUCCCCGUCUUCUUCGGACGAUUACUGGCAGGCAUUCCUACAAUCCUAAUAGUAAAAUUUUGCAGCAAAGCCCUUGCCAAAUGGUUAUUUCCAGUAAUCUGCAACACACUAGGAAUUCCCAUAAGGUCUUCCUGCUAUAUUGCAGCAUUAAAAGAAUCUGAAAGCAGCAAAAACAAAUCUGAUAACAAGCAACUUGGCUUUCUUCAAAGAGCAAUUUCUUUGCUGCCUCACAAGACCUAUGAUGUGGAUACUGGAAUAAGAUUCAUUCAGUAUGCUGGGCUUGGAUGGUCUGUUUCUGACCUGGUUCCUUAUAUUUUCACUCGUUUGUAUUUGUCUUAAUAAUAUUUUUUCAUCCAGUUUUUGCAAUCAAAUUAUGCACCCUUAAUUUUUGGUGUAUUUUGUAAUUUUUCUUUUAUUUCAUUGGUAAUCAAUUUUAGACAUGUUUAUAUAUGUAAGGUGUAUAUCAGCAGUGCUCCUGCUGUAAAAACAAUUUCUGAUAAUGCAGAUUGUAAGGAGUAUUUGCUUUUCUGUAAA